UACGUAUUUCUAGUGAAAUUGAAGUGGAGCAUCUGAUAAUUUAUCUCACAUCUACCCAACCGACGUCCCGAUGGCGUGGCGAGCGAAUAAUGCGAAGGCAGCGGGCGGACGUGGGGCACCCUCGUCGGUGCCGCGCGCCAAGCCGACUAUGCAGGCCAUUGCGGAGAUCGAGAAGAACCGCGAGGAUCGUCGUCGAGCCAUGGCAGCGGCCAAGCGCGAGCGAGAGCGGGAGAGUCAGCUGAACGAGAAAAUGGGUCACCCAGGCGACGUGGACUUCCAGCGCAUGAUCAAGGCCUUCCGGGAGCAGAACAAGGACAAGAGUCGGCCGCAUGCCGAGGCUGGUGAUACCAAGAUCACCAUCUGUGUUCGCAAGCGACCUGUAAACGCUAAAGAGGUCAAGAAACACGACUAUGAUGCUGUAACGUGCCUCAACCCCAUGGCUAUCGUACACGACUGCAAGCUGAAAGUGGAUGGUAUCACCAAGUACCUAGACAGUAAUGCCUUCAACUUUGAUCAUACUUUUGAUGAGAACGCCACCAACGAGAGUGUGUACAUGUACACUGCUCAGCCGCUAGUCAGGUUUAUAUUCCAUGAUGGAGGUCACGCUACUGUCUUUGCGUAUGGACAGACAGGUAGUGGCAAGACACACACGAUGCAAGGUAUCCAGAGUCAGAUUGCAGCCGAUGUGUUCGCCCAGGUUGACGAGUUCGCGAGACGUGGCUAUCCGUUGGAUAUCUGCGUGAGUUUCUUUGAGAUCUACGGUGGACGUUGCCAGGACUUGCUACACCGACAGGUACUGACGAUUCGGGAAGAUGGCGCCGGAGAAGUGCAGAUUGUUGAUUUGCAGGAGGUAAAACCACAGAAUACGGAGGAGCUACUACAAGUGAUCAGCAAAGGAAACAGUCUUCGCACGACGCACGCUACAGAGGUGAACGAUGUGUCGUCUCGCUCGCAUUGCAUUUGCCAAAUUAAUCUUCGUGAGAAAGGAACUGGAAAGAUAUAUGGCAAGCUGUCUUUGAUCGACCUUGCUGGUAGUGAACGUGGUGAAGACACGAAGAAUCACAAUCGACAGCGACGUAUGGAAUCCGCGGAAAUCAACCGAAGUUUGUUGGCGCUGAAGGAGUGCUUCCGAGCACUGGACAGUGGCGGUCGAGGCACUCACAUCCCGUUUCGAGCAAGCAAGCUCACCCAAGUGCUAAAAGAUUCGUUUGUUAAUGCUAAAGCGAGGUACGUGGCCGCUGUUAUUGGUGCCAUCGAGAGCUCAUUUAACGAUAUGAGUGCUGGUGUUACCAAAAGAACCGUGAUGAUUGCAGCAGUCUCGCCAUGUGCUUCGUCCUCGGACCACACGCUUAAUACGCUUCGAUAUGCUGAUCGGGUUAAGGAGAAGCACGUUUCGGCGGAUGCCUUCGACGAGAGGAAUGCCGACUCUGAACCGGUGGAUGUCGAUGAUGUUCAAUUUGAAGAAGAUUUUGACGGCGGUGAAGCACAGGAUUCGGGUGACGAUGCCGAAGAAGAAGAAUAUGACGAUGAAGAUGAGUAUCCACAUGGAGAUGGAUAUGAUGAGGAUGACGAUACGCAUGAAGGCAAUGGAGCUAAGUACAAGUGCGACGCCGGUAACAGAAACGAUGUACAGACGGGUUCGUCGCACCAUUCCCGCGGUGGUCCUGGUUUGAGCGAAGAUUUGAGCAUUCUCCGCAUUAAUCAACGACGUCAUUCCAAUAAAAAGAAUGGCGAUCAGAUUGAGGAAAACUUUCCAGAAGAAGCGUGGCAAGGAGUGGUGAUGAUCAGCUUAAUGGCAUCUUGAUACGCCAAAGCAAACCUAAUGAUACUUUGUUUCGGUGACAGGUCCAAACACUGUACGAAGAGCAAGAGAGUUUGCUUAAUACGCACAUGGGCGCGAUUCAGGAAAAUGCAGAGCUGCUAACAGAGGAAGGCGCUAUGCUAGCAGCGAUUCAAAACGAUGAUUCGGCAAGCAUUGAGCAGUAUGUUUCGCGUCUGGAAGAGGUAGGUAACUUUGCAGGAUCCGAAUGCUAUGUUCAAGUCUAAACAGUAUUUGACUGCGACAGAUUCUAGCCCAGAAAGCACAGACGAUCAGCACUCUUCGACGGCAACUUGCUGCCUUCCGUCAGCACUGCGAAGGUGAAGAGGAGAAGGCAACCGAGUCGCCUCCGAAGAAAAUUGUGCGUGGCGGUCACUAGGUGUAUUCCAAAAACGCAAAUUGCAAAAUAGAGCUUUUGCACUUCAAAUUGUUCAUAAAUUCGCUUAAGUUCGCUUUAUCAAGUUGGACGU